GAUGCUUCCCGGCGGUGGGACCAUGCAAUGGUGGGCUUCCCUUCACAGGACCCUUCUUGUUGUUCUGCUGCCUGAGACUGGCGCUGACGGAUGAAGGUUUGAGGACAUGUGAGGCUUUUUAAGACAGUCGGUUAGGAGUGGACAGACCGGACGGCGGGGAUCUUCCACCAACAGAGGGGAGACUUCGGAGAAGAGGAUCGGAGUGUGUCUCCAUAACCCACGUUGACCGAGCAUCAAUAGGAUCAUUUGUAACAAAAAUAUUUAAAAAAAAAAUAGAGACGAUCGGUAGAAAUUGCAAUGAAGUGAGUAAGAGUAACUUCGCCAUGAAAUCAGUGUUCUUCAGCCGCUUCUUCAUCCUUCUGCCGUGGGUGCUAAUAGUCAUCAUCAUGAUCGAUAUCGACAGCAAAAGAACGAUCUGGUCUCCGGUGGCAGUCCGGGGGAGCAAAGCGCACGGGGCGGCCCUGCCGGUCAUCUACGCCAUCACCCCCACUUACACGCGUCCGGUGCAGAAAGCCGAGCUUACCCGACUCGCCCACGUCUUCCGACAGGUGGCCCAGUUUCACUGGAUCGUGGUGGAGGACUCCACGGUGCGGACGGACCUGGUGAGCCGCUUCCUGGCGCGGUCCGGCGUGCCCUGCACGCACCUGCAGGUCUUCACGCCCCGCCGGUUCAAGAGCGUCGGGAUGGCGCGUGCCACCGAGCAGAGGAAUGUGGCCCUGGGCUGGCUCCGGCAGCAUCGGACACGCCAAGACGCGGGGGUGGUCUACUUCGCGGACGAUGACAACACGUACAGCCUGGAAUUAUUUGAGGAGAUGCGAAACACUCGAGGCGUGUCUGUGUGGCCGGUGGGGUUUGUUGGUGGCAGAGCAUAUGAGCGCCCACUAGUGUCAGGGGGCAAAGUUGUGGGCUGGUACACCGGCUGGAGACCGGAUCGACCUUUUGCUACUGACAUGGCAGGUUUUGCUGUGAACCUGAACGUGAUCCUGGCUAAUCCGAGGGCGCACUUCAAGAGGCGGGGCUCCCAGCCGGGCAUGCAGGAGUCCGACUUCCUCAAGCAAAUCACCAAGGUGACAGAGUUGGAGCCCAAAGCCAACAACUGCACUCGGGUUCUCGUUUGGCACACGCGCAGUGAGAAGCCGCACCUUGCAAACGAGUCCAAGCAUGCAACGGACAGUGUGGUCAUCGAGGUGUGAGCCAUGGAGAAUCAAUUUCAAGCUCUCAACACGUUUCCACUGGAACUUACUAGCAGCAAACUGCCCUUCCUCCUCGUAGUGUUCAUCACUGACAGUCACUGAGGAGGCACGUCAGUCGAUCCCCCGUUUGUUUGUGGGCAAAAGGCGGACUACACCCUCAACAGAUCACCUGUUUAUCCAGAGGAUUUAAAUGCUGGCUGCAUGAACUCCUACACGACCAUGGAGCCACUAAAAAAAAAAAAAAAAAAUACAAACGGAAUUGUGUUCAGCUUGUCCAGGGUGUACACUGCCUUCCGCCCGAAUGCAGCUGGGAUAGGCUCCAGCCACCCCCGCAACCCUGAGAGGGGCAAGCGGUAGAAGAUGGAUGGAUGGAUGGAUGAAUUGUGUUCAGGUGUCCAAAUGUGAUUUUUUUCCCCGCAUUAUAAACGAAUGGCAGCAAAUGAGAAUGUGAUAAAAAUGUCAUCAAUGUUGUCUGAUUUGCAAUUUUUGCCAACAUCAUCCAACAUUAGUACUUGUAGUACCAACAAACAGUACGUUGUAAGUGUACUUACUUACUUACUACACAAGUCCAGAUUUGUGACGGUCGAAAUGUUAAAAAAAACAUGUCAUGUAAAAUGAGUGUUUAUCCAGCAAGCCAUCUUUUUCAUUUGAGUGAAAUACUAUUUGCCCUUCAAUCAAACACAAAUUAAUGUAUGCACCUUAUUUUAUGUUUUUGUUUUUGUUUUGUUUUUUGGUUUUUACACUCCAUCUUUCUCUGUUAAAAUGAACCUACUAUUAAAAUGUUGUACCGUUCAUAUCUUUGUAAGGAAGUAAACUUACAAAACAAUCAGGGGACCAAAUACUUAAUGUAUUUUUCACACUGUACUGUGAGUACUUGACAUUCUGUAAGAUGCAUGAAUUCACUUUUCAUAUGUGUGUCUUUCUUCGUGUGUGGGUACGACUUUGGUAUAGGACGAGAUAAACAGCACAAGUGAGCUGGAGCCCAUCCCAGCUGAUUUCCGGCGAGAUUGAGUAGUUGUUUGUCAAUAUGUGAUUGACUGGCAUCCAGCCUCUUGUUCAGAGACAGCUGGGAUAGACCCAGCUCACCUAUGACCCUGAAUAUAAUAAGCGGUGGAAAAUGAAACAUAUUGAUUAAUCGAUUGUUAAUUUUCACAAUUAGUAAUUAAGGAAAUUUAAAAGCCCAUCUACAACCCAGAAAGAAUACAUGUUGUGUGUGAGUAAUAUUACAAGGAAAGCAAUGAAUGAGUUAUGUGAAUGAGUUAUUUUGUCAAUUGAAAAGUAAAAGGGUCCAAACAUUGAGCCUUGAAGCGUCCGUAUGAAGUCAAGGACUACUCAGUACCAGUCAAAGAUGUCCAGACUUUUAACAUGAAAUAUUAGCAGUGAUGAGGUAGUUGAUGAUGAUAAUGUCUUCCGAGCUAAUGUUACAUUUUAAGGACUUAUGGCCUGAUCUACUAAGACCUAAAUAACAGAUUCUGCAAACUAUAAAAUGGUAUGUACUAUUAGUGGGCGUGUUGCGUGUGAUCUACUAAGACCGCGUGUACAGUUCAUGACAAGUGCAAAAGUGGUGCAGACCGCCCUAUUUAAAAUAAAAUAUUUGCGUGUGUACAGGCCGUCACCAUGGAGACACUCCUUUAUGACAUCAUAUGGUCCAGCUGGUGGCGUUCCGUCAUGUUGUUGACAUGUAGCACACAAAUAUUAUAUGUACCGUUGUCUCUAGGUUUUUAUUGAAGCACAAUCUAGGCAACAGAACCUACUUUUAGCAGGUUAAAACUGUGCUCUGGGAGGCGCUGCGGAGUUGAGAUGGUGCGUUUUAAAUGAUCCACCUGCAAUAAAAUGUAUAUUGCAUGUAGGAGAUAGAUUAUAUCUCCUUUGUGAAAAAAACAAACACCUUUAAAAAAACACAGCAGACACCAAAAUAAAAUAAUUGUAUUUGUUACAGUUUGACCCGUAAGCCAUCCAUCCAUCCAUUCAUCCAUCUUCUUCCGCUUAUCCGAGGUCAGGUCGCGGGGGAAGCAGCCUAAGCAGGGAAGCCCAGACAUCCCUUUCCCCAGCUACUUUGUCCAGCUCUUCCCGGGGGAUCCCGAGGCGUUCCCAGGCCAGCUGGGAGACAUAGUCUUCCCAACGUGUCCUAGGUCUUCCCCUUGGCCUCCUACCGGUCGGACGUGCCCUAAACACCUCCCUAGGGAGGCGUUCGGGUGGCAUCCUGACCAGAUGCCCGAACCACCUCAUCUGGCUCCUCUCCAUGUGGAGGAACAGCGGCUUUACUUUGAGCUCCUCCCGGAUGACAGAGCUUCUCACCCUAUCUCUAAGGGAGAGCCCCGCCACCGGGCGGAGGAAACUCAUUUCGGCCGCUUGUACCCGUGAUCUUGUCCUUUCGGUCAUAACCCAAAGCUCAUGACCAUAGGUGAGGAAGGGAACGUAGAUCGACCGGUAAAUUAAGAGCUUUGCCUUCCGGCUCAGCUCCUUCUUCACCACAACGGAUCAAUACAGCGUCCGCAUUACUGAAGACGCCGCACCGAUCCGCCUGUCGAUCUCACCAUCCACUCUUCCCUCACUCGUGAACAAGAUUCUGAGGUACUUGAACUCCUCCACUUGGGGCAGGGUCUCCUCCCCAACCCGGAGAUGGCACUCCACCCUUUUCCGGGCGAGAACAAUGGACUCGGACUUGGAGGUGCUGAUUCUCAUCCCAGUCGCUUCACACUCAGCUGCGAACCGAUCCAGAGAGAGCUGAAGAUCCUGGCCAGAUGAAGCCAUCAGGACCACAUCAUCUGCAAAAAGCAGAGACCUAAUCCUGCAGCCAACAAACCAGAUCCCCUCAACGCCUUGACUGCGCCUAGAAAUUCUGUCCAUAAAAGUUAUGAACAGAAUGGGUGACAAAGGGCAGCCUGGGCGGAGUCCAACCCUCACUGGAAACGUGUCCGACUUACUGACGGCAAUGCGGACCAAGCUCUGACACUGAUCAUACAGGGAGCGGACCGCCACAAUCAGACAGUCCGAUACCCCAUACUCUCUGAGCACUCCCCAUAGGACUUCCCGAGGGACACGGUCGAAUGCCUUCUCCAAGUCCACAAAGUACAUGUAGACUGGUUGAGCAAACUCCCAUGCUCCCUCAAGGACCCUGCCGAGAGUAUAGAGCUGGUCCACAGUUCCACGACCAGGACGAAAACCACACUGAUCCUCCUGAAUCCGAGGUUCGACUAUCCGGCGUAGCCUCCUCUCCAGUACACCUGAACAGACCUUACCAGGAAGGCUGAGGAGUGUGAUCCACGAUAGUUAGAACACACCCUCCGGUUCCCCUUCUUCCAGCAGCUAUGAAAUGAUACAACGUCAUUGCUGAAUAGACGAUAUAACUAAUAUUGUUAGUCCAAGCAUGCUGACGCACGUCUUUGCAGCCUCCUUUCUCUCAGCCUUUUGUGCAUAACUGUGCCAGUUUGCACGAACAAUUCAAACAGCGGCCGCAAAAUGGUUUUAAGUUUUGAUAAAUCUUAUUGUGAGCGCUAAAUGAUUAUAUUUGCAUCUCCUCCUCCAAGUAGUGUGGGCUGUCUAAUAAUCAGCAUAUACAUAUUCUGCAUAUUAAUGAAGACAGACACACUAAAUGGAUUGCACAAGUUUAGUCAGCUUUCUUUGUUGUUCAGUGUGUUAUCAAGUUUGCGUGUGUUUUAGCACACGUAACCUUUAGUAGAUCAGGCCCAUAGUCUAUAAUCAGUGACGUGCGUGAGAGAGGUUCAGGCUUGAUAUAGUUUGGACUCCUUUGGGUUGUUGUUGUUUUUUACUUUAAAUGAUUGUGCUCUAAUCAAUGUUAUUACAGGUUACACAGGAAAAAUUCCCUUUUGGUAAAAUGUUUAGUUUUGAAAUACUUAUUUUUCUCAUGUAAAUUUUUGUUUUUAAAUAAAACUGAAA